UGCGAGUCUAGCCAUGGGAGGAAGUAGUGGCGGUGAUGACCGGUGCUGGCGGCUCCAGUCUUGACGCACGCACUACGCAAGCUCUACGCAAGCACUACGCAAGCUCUACGCAAGCUCUACGCAAGCUCUACGUAAGCUCUACGCACGCACCUUACUGGAAAGAUGUCACAACAAUGUAGUUUGGAGAAGAGGUAGCGGCAUGACGUCCAGCAGGACGAGGUUGUGACUUGUCCUGCAGAACUGCUGAUGUAAUAAACGGUCCUUUACCCGUUGUUGGUAGUGUUAUCAUAGUUGUUAAUACAGUAUUGCUGUUAAUUUUGCCGCAAGAAAAUGGGUUUGCAGGACUUAAUAUCGUCGUUAGCAGAAAAUCCUUACUUUAGUGCUGGCUUUGGGUUGUUCGGAGUUGGAGCUGGAGCAGCUAUAUUGAGAAGAGGCUACAUGAUGGGAAUGAUCCUGUUCCGGCGCCACUAUAUGACAACCCUUGAGGUGCCAUGUCGUGAUAAAUCAUAUCAGUGGCUGCUUCAGUGGAUCACUCUUAAAGGUGCAAGGAAAACUCAGCAUCUUAGUGUAGAAACAAAGUUUCAACAAAUAGAAACUGGUAAAAUUACUACUCGUCAUGAUUUUAUACCCAGCGUUGGAGAACACUUUUUUUGGUAUAAAAGAACUUGGAUCCGGGUAGAGCGUUCAAGAUCACAGCAAACAUUAGACCUACACAUGGGGGUUCCAUUUGAAUCUGUUAAACUCACAGCUCUUGGCAAGAAUAAGGAUCUGUUCUUUGAUAUUUUGGAAGAGGCUCGUGACUUGGCAGUAAAACAAAAUGAGGGGAAAACCAUAAUGUACACUGCUCUUGGUGCAGAGUGGCGACAGUUUGGCAAUCCUCGGAAACCUCGUCCACUAAGCUCUGUUGUGCUAGAUAAGGGAGUGUCUGACAAGAUUGUAAAGGAUGUUCAGGAAUUUAUGGAUAAUCCUGAAUGGUACUCCAGCAGAGGAAUCCCGUACAGACGUGGGUACCUGCUUCACGGACCCCCUGGAUGUGGCAAGAGCUCCUUCAUCACGGCUCUGGCUGGAGAAUUACAACUUGGAAUUUGUGUUCUUAACCUGAGUGAACGAGGUCUCACUGAUGACAGACUUAACCACUUGUUAGCCCUGGCUCCAGAGAACACGAUCAUUCUCCUUGAAGAUGUUGAUUCAGCUUUUGCCAGUAGAGAGGAGACUGCAGAGGUGAAAGUGGCUUAUGCUGGCCUCAACAGGCUCACCUUCAGUGGACUCUUGAAUUGUCUUGAUGGUGUUGCAUCAACAGAAGCCAGAAUAGUCUUCAUGACCACAAACUACCCAGAGAGGUUAGAUCCAGCUUUGAUACGGCCAGGUCGUAUUGAUGUUAAAGAAUACAUUGGAUACUGCACAACCUAUCAGUUGGAAAGGAUGUUCUGCAACUUCUAUCCAGAUGCUAUACCAAAUCUAGCAUUAAAAUUUUCACAAGCUUCCAAAAACUUGAGUGUGCCAGUGAGUGCCGCAGCAGUUCAAGGUCACUUUAUGAUUUACAAAGAAGAUCCAGUGGGGGCAAUACAAAAUGUCAUUCAAAUUUCUACUGAAAACACUAUCAAGAGAGAGAUGGAUGAUGAUAUGCUUAUUAAUAUAGAAGGCAGCAUGGUGGAUUCAGAAAGAAUGAUUGACAGCAUGAAGUAAAACCAAGAUACAGUACAUCCUAUGGACUAGCACCAAGUGGGAGGGUCCAUAGCCAAACACCACCAAACACCUGUAAUGGGUUUUCCAGUUUCAGACAGUAAAAACUGAAAUGGUAAACCAGGAGCCAGGACACACCAAAUGCAACUCAGGAGAAACAGGCAGCUGAGAAAGGAAUAAGCAUUGUGCCGCAGACCUAGUAUGCAGACCCCUGCAAACCGGCAAGCAAAGAGAAUCCUGACUGUCCCCACCAUAGAGUUCCACAGCACAUAAUGAACCGAGAUGCUAAUGUACUACAUACACAAUGUAGAUACAAACUACACAGCUCGUGUCCUCGGGUGCACAGUGAUCGUGUCAUUCACUCUUCCGUACUAAGAAUACAAGUUAAUGCUUGGUGAGGAAUGGUUGUAGGUUUAUUGUAAUGUAGAGCCAGUACAGCAAAGACAGUACAGUACUGACUUGCUUUAAUUAUUUUAUAAUUGCACUAGUUGCAAUAUUAUAUAAUAAAUCUUUACCUUAUUCCAUUAGUGCAGUCUUUAUGGGCAGUAAAUGCUGACGAAGGCAACAACAUGGGUAUAUCUUCAUAUGUAGAAGUGCCUUCAUUACUCUGGCCCAAAUCCCACUUUAAUACUUGACCCUCGGUAUUUCCUGUCAAGUUUAUAGAUUAAUAUUUUUGUAGAGAAUAAAUAACAGUAACAAGGUAAUGAUACUACAGGCUUUAUAUACUUUAAAUAUUAAUGUUAAAACAAAAUACAAAAUAAAGUGACAUUAAAGGCAAAUUUAGUCAUGGACAUUGGAGUUAGACUUCAAUAUAUUUCCACAAUAAAAAGAAAAUUCCCUCAUUUCACUAUUACUUUUUUAGAGGAAAUGUAAAUUUUUUGCAAUAUAUUGCAUAUACUCCUGUAAUUAUACAAAUAUUUAAUUCCUUUCUUUGACUAAAAUCUGGAGAGUUGCUAAUUACAAGCUAAAUAAUUAUGGAUGUUUGAAAUUCAUAUUCAGCAUUUUAUGAAAUGAUAAGCAAAAUAAGAUGAAACAUAUGUACUGCGCUACAAAACAUCAGUAAAACAAAUUUUACCUUAUUUUAUUAUGUACCAGAAAAAUUUUAAAUAGAACUACUGCAUAUACAGUAAUGUGAAAAUGAUGAAGUAAUAUUAAUAAGGUGUUAAAUACAUCAACACAAAAAGAAGACAAAUUAGGUAAGUUUAAAUAUAUAAACAAAUUGGUUAAACAUUGAUUAGGAAAUAGUGCAGGUUUCCUGGUAAAAUAAUAGCUAUAGGAUCAAUGGAGUGUUUCAGUAGUGUAGGUUAGACAUGGGUGUACAAUUUUCUUACCAAGUGAGGUUUGUUUUGUUAUGCCUACUUUUCUGGGUGCCUAACCCUAGUCGAUGGCAGACAAGGAACAUCCCCAACCACAGGGUGGUUUUUCCUAAAGGCCAUUGUUUCCUGUGCCUCUCUGAGGGGGCCAGGUUCUGGCUCAUGGUCCCCAGUAGGCUUAACUCCAUUGACUAAUGCCCUAGACUGAUAUAUUGCAUAACAGUCCCAUAGCUCCAGGGAGGCAAAGGGGCUCGCAAGAGAAAAAAAUAUAAGGUCAGCUUUAAAUAAUUGCUCUGCUCCACGUUAAAUUGACCACCACUGUGCUGCAGCAGCAAACUGAUACCUUAGGCUGCCUUGUGUUGUGGCAGUGUAUAAAUGCCAUCAUGCACGAGUGUGAAUUGUUGUGCUAGUUGGAGCACAUACUUUCUACUAUCAUAGCCAAUUAGCCCUUCUUUCCUUUUCUUCAUGUAGAGUGAGAGAUUUAUGUAUACUGUACUAGUGUGUUAACCUUUUGAGCGAGUAAUUAAUUUAUGUGUUCCAUUCUCUUAAAAAAAAAAAAAAGUUAUUUUUUGUAGUACUUUCCGACAAAUCUGAGUUUAGGAGAAGAGACCCGGUGGGUUAAUUUAAUCUGCUGUUAAGAGAGAUCUAUUAUAAGGUAUAUAUACUGCACCAUCCUUUAUGGUAGCUUGAGUGUCAGAGCCAUUUAUUGACAAUAAAAGCAACACCUCAUAUCCUGACUGCUCUAUGGUGUUUACCACGUGGUAAAAUAAAACUUUACAUAACCUGCACUCCAUCUAUACCAUAACCAACAUGAUAUUACAUACCAUUCAAUUUAAGGGUUAAUACUGUAUUGAAAUUCAUAAGAACACUUUAGCCAAAGAAGCAUUUUUAGUUUCAGGACAGCCACAAUCAAAUACUGUAUAUUUAAGAAAAUCUAGAGGCUCGGUAUUAUAAUUAAUUCAACCCAUCCGCCUGUUUAGGAAGUAGUUUUUAUAACUAUGUGCACCAUAGUACAAACACUGAUGUACUAAGGAAUAAGAUUUUGUAAUAUUCAUUUUAUAAAGAGUCCAACAAAAAUAAAGCUUAAAAAACA